UGUGUAGCACUGCUCCUCUCUACAGCGUCUCAAUUGUAAACUGGUUCCAGUCAAGAGAAACCUUAUUGUAAGUUUAGAGAAGAUUCAUAAUUAUUUUGAAAAAUUUGUAUUGUUGCAGCUCUGAAGACAAAGACACAACAUGGCUCGGCUAACAAUCUUGGCCGGACUGUCCGUUCUGAUGUGUCUCCAGAUGGUGUCUUCCACCAAACUGGUGUGCUACUUCACAAACUGGUCCCAGUAUAGACCAGGUGUUGGAAAAUAUCUGCCUGCCGACGUAGAUCCCAACCUCUGCACACACCUGAUCUACGCCUUUUCCAUAAUUAGCCAUUCCAAUGAGCUGGCGCCCUAUGAGUGGAAUGAUGAUAUUCUCUAUAAAUCAUUCAAUGACCUGAAGAAUAGAAACCCCGAGCUGAAGACUCUGCUGGCUGUUGGGGGGUGGAACUUUGGAUCAAGACAAUUUACCAUUAUGGCUUCAUCACCUGCCAAUCGCGAGAGGUUCAUCCAGUCUUCCAUCAAAUACUUGAGACAGUAUGGCUUUGACGGGCUGGACCUGGACUGGGAGUAUCCCGGAGCACGAGGAAGCCCACCAGAGGACAAAAAGAGGUUCACAGUGCUCUGCCAAGAAUUCCUCGCUGCUUUCAAAAAAGAAGCCGCUGAGACCAAAAGACCACGUUUGCUGCUUACAGCUGCAGUGGCUGCCGGGAAGGGAAACAUCGACAACGGCUACGAGAUCGCUGAUGUCUCCAAGUUCCUAGACUUUAUGAAUGUCAUGACCUACGACUUCCACGGAGCCUGGGACCCGUUCACAGGUCACAACAGCCCUCUGUACCGUAGCUCUCACGAUCAGGAUAUCAACAUCUACUACAAUGUGGACUUUGCUAUGAAAUAUUGGAGAGACAAUGGUGCUCCCCUUGAAAAGCUCAUAGUUGGAAUUGCUACGUAUGGACGCACAUUUAGGACAGUAUCUUCAGCGAGCGGCCUUGGAGUAGCAACCAGCGGACCAGCAUCUGCCGGGUCGUACACCCGUGAAGCUGGGUUUUGGUCCUACUAUGAGAUUUGCACAUUUCUCCAAGGAGCCACUGUGCACUGGAUUGAUGAACAAAGUGUGCCCUAUGCCAUUAAAGGAAAUGAGUGGGUUGGGUUUGAUAACAAACGAAGCUACCAAAUCAAGGCACAGUAUCUGAAAGAAAAGAAUUUUGGGGGAGCCUUCAUCUGGUCUCUAGAUCUGGAUGAUUUUUCUGGACAGUUCUGUGGCCAGGGAAAAUACCCCCUCAUUAGAUACCUGCGCUCCCUUCUGUAUUCAGAUUUUCCACCUCCAUUGCCUGUAACCACAAGCCGUCCAGAGAUUACAAAUCGCCCCGACAGCACACGUACUACUACUCCGACGACCACCAUCGAGAAAACCACAACCGCGGGGGACUCUGGAAGUGCUUUCUGUUCCGGGAAGACUGACGGCCUCUACGCGAAUGAGGUUGACCGCAACUUAUUUUAUCAGUGCUCUCAAGGAGUCACGUACCUCCAGCGGUGUCCAGUUAAUCUUGUUUUCAGUAAAAAAUGCAACUGCUGUGACUGGUCUUAAAUAAACGAGACUCUUCAUGAAACAAA